AUGUUGGUGCAUUUCUCCAUCUCUGUGAAGCGACUCAGGGAAGACUUGGUUAUAAACAUAAUUCUGGACGGACAAGGAGGAUCGGGUGGUGCUUCUCGACGUGCGGGAGGAAGGGACGAGAGAUCACCCCUACUCUCUGGCCCAGUUGCAACAUCAGCUAAUCAGCGAUGGAUUCCUCCAAGCAGCGUUAAACGAGAUGCCCUAACCCAAGAUGAAAAACAUGACAGUACAUUCAGGAAAGUUAGAGGAAUACUUAAUAAACUCACUCCUGAAAAAUUUGACAAACUUGGUCUAGAAUUACUGAAUGUAGGGAUUGACUCACCGGUGGUUUUGAAGGGAAUUAUCCUUCUUAUUUUUGAGAAAUCACUUGAUGAACCAAAGUAUAGUUCAUUAUAUGCUCAAUUAUGCCAGCGACUAUGUGAGGAUGCACCAAACUUUGAACCUGCAUCUUCAAACAACACUUCUUUUAGACGCCAUUUGUUGAACAAGUGUCAAGAUGAAUUUGAAAACAGAUCCAAAGCCACAAAUGAAUUUGAUAAGAGAGAUACCCCACUCACUCCAGAGGAGCUGGAGAAAUAUCAUGCUGCAAAGUUCAAAAUGCUGGGAAACAUCAAAUUCAUUGGUGAGCUUGGUAAACUUGACAUGCUUCAUGAGGGAAUUUUACACAAAUGCAUUAAACAGCUUUUGGAGAAGAAAAAACAUGUCCCCAUACAGGAGACUGCUGAGGACUUGGAGUGUCUGUGCCAGAUAAUGAAGACCGUCGGUCGACGCCUUGACACUGACAAGGCAAAGGCCUUGAUGGAUCAAUAUUUCUCUCGCAUGAAGACACUGAUGAUGAAUAACGAGUUACCAACUCGUAUUCGUUUCCUUCUGCAGGACACAAUAGAGCUUAGGGAGAACAAUUGGACGCCCAGGAAGGUAACAAGAGGCAGUGCUCCACGUACCAUUACUCAAAUCAGAGAGGAGGCAGCAAAGGAUAUGGGUGUCUAUCUGCCUCCACCUGGGGUGCAAGGUAUACGGAAUUUAGAUCUCUUUGGUCCACCAACCAUGAAUGGGUCUGGUUUUGGUCGUGGUCAGAUGGACAUGUUUGGUCCCUUACCUGCAGGACCUGGAGGGUUCAGCAGCAUUGGUACUGGCCCUGGGGUCAUCAGUAUGGAUGGUGUGGCCCCUGGGUACUCCCCCAAUACUGGGAGAAGGAAGAAUCAACAGGGUCAAGGGUACAAUCAGUACCGGCGUCAGGAGGGUGGAAGUCCUAAACAGCACCGCCACCAGGGCAAAGGACCUAAUCCUCAACAGCAGCAACAGCAACAACAAUCCAUGCAGCAGCAACCAUCAACUCAGCAAAAUCUCCAAAAGCAGAGAGAUUUCAGCAAUCUUCCCCCAAGACUGGCUAAGAAAGCUCAGCAGGCUGCUCAAGGAGGGGUAGGGGGAGGAGGAAGCAAUCCUACUGGUCAGACCCCACAGCUAUCCCAGGGGACUGCUGCCCAGAUCCCAACCUCAGCUUCCUCCCAUCCACCGCCACCUGUCAUCAAUCCACCACAGAACCAGAUGGCACAUAUGUCUGUGGGCAAUGGUAUAGAUGAGCACAGCUUUAGGCCUGCCACCUUAGGAUUUGGCAUGUUCAAACCCCAGACACCAAACAGCUUACCCAAGUCAACGCAGAUCCCACAAACCAUGUCUAGUCAUAAAAUGCCUGGAAGUGCAUCAGAACCUCUGGCACCGCCUCUCUUACAAAAGCAGCAGGCCCAAAUCACCAUCAAGACGGUGCCUUCAACUGAGAAGAUUAAAGAAAAAAAGAAGCCAGUGCCUACCAAAGAAGAAAUCCAGAAAACUUAUGAAGAUGCAUUGGAGGCCUGUCUGAGCUCUGGAAGUUUUGAAGAUGCUGUUAAUACCAUCAAAAAUCUGCGGCCACCCAAUAGAUUUAUCCCAGAGAUGCUAAAACACUUCAUGACUGCCACAUUAGAGAAGUCUGAUGAGAACAGAGAGACUGCUGGCAACCUCAUUGCUGCCUUGAAGAAUGCUGGGGUUGUGACAGGGGAGCAGUACAUGGAGGCCUUCAACUCCUUGUUGGAGAGCAUGCCAGCACUUGAAGAUGAUAUUCCACUGAUCCGCUCAUAUGUUUCCAAGUUUGCUGCGUGUGCUGUUGCUGAAGGUGUGAUUUCUCUGGCAGAUCUAGCUGCUCCAAUGGAGAAUGGGAGUCACUAUCCACUAUUCAUGCUCUGUUUGCAACAAAUACAUAAACUGCAGGAUGAGGACUGGCUGGUGAAUGUGUUCAAUGAAAGCAAGAUUGAUCUGCAGAAUAUGCUGCCAGAAGGUGACCGCAGCAAGGAACGCAUGCUGAAGAUCCUAGAGGACAGGGACCUGAGCUUCAUGUUCCCUCUGUUGAGAGUCCAAGCAGAGCUGUCCAGGCAGAUCCAGGGUGACCCAUCACCAACCGACCUUUACAAAUGGAUGAAGGAGAACAUUGACCCGAAGCUGUUCAACAAAACUGAAUUUAUUCAUGGUUUAGUGACCACAUUGUUGCGCUACAUUACAAGCCAGAGCACUCUGGCUGAUGGUGCUGAUCCUGCCGCAAUGCCUGAAAAACACUUGGUAGACAAGGAGAAAGAAAUUUUGGACAAAUAUAAGAGCAUUUUGCAGCUGUUUUUGCAUGAUAAAUUAGGCCUACAGUUGAGUGCAGUAUAUGCCCUACAGGUCCACUGCUACAACAAGGGGUUUCCAAAAGGUAUGCUGCUGCGCAUGUUCAUGCAUUUUUAUGAUAUGGAGAUUAUUGACGAGGAGGUGUUUCUCAAGUGGAAAGAAGAGGUGAAUGAUGAGCACCCAGGAAAGGGAAAGUCUCUGUUCCAGGUGAACCAGUGGCUUACAUGGCUGGAGCAAGCUGAAGAUGAAUCAGAAGAGGAAGAUGAGGAAGAAGAGUAACCAAGACAUUUAGUCUUUGGAAAUAUUGAACAUCAUAUAACCAUUUCGAGUAACCAGUUCUGAAGCACUAUGACAUAUGAGGCCAGGUGGAAAUGUAAUGUUCAAGUCAUUGGUGUACAUAGGACUAGAAUUUUAUUGCAUGGUCAUAAUGUGUAAAGGCCGGAUAGGAAAAGAACACAGUUUCAUAAGAAUUCACUAGGGCAAUAUCAACCACUCUCAUGAGUACAUUGUUUCCAUGAACUUGUGGAUUCAGGUCCUAGUUUGAAAAAUCAAAACAACACAGACUGAAGUUCUGAACAUUUAAAGAACUUGUGGAUGAAGAAUUUUUACCUGAAACAAAAAAAAACUUUGGUGUCUCAGUAGGUAUGAAGAAUAUUCGGUGCUAUUUUUCCCCAAAUUGCAGGAAUGCCGUUCUUUCUUGAAUUGGCAAAUAAUAUUACUUAAAGGGGCAAUAGUUUUAAGAUGAUAUCAUGACACCCCAUCAAGAUCUGCCAAACAAUUUGGAGAGGAGAACAACAAUCGGGCACGGACAUGCUGAUAGUUUUCUUGUCUUAUUCUUAUCAAUUACUAUUAUUAUUAUUUAAUAUUAUUUUAAUUAUAAAUAUUCAACUUAAAAAUGUUCUUAAAUGCAAGCUUACAGGGGCUGAAUUUUUGAUGCUGUGAAUAUUGGGAUAUAUAGACCUAAAUGAGGUCAUCUUUACUAGAAAGUAUGGCGAUGGAUUAUUAGAGCUAAGGUCAGGGGAAUGACGUGAAAAUAUUUUUCUUGUCACACAUUAAAUACUCCGUUAAAUAGUAAUCUAUUUUAUAAAAUGUCGACAGAUGGAAAAAUUAAUCAACUUUAAAAUUUGAACAAAUUGGGUAGAAAAAAAGUUCAUAUUGGUCUAAUUAGCUUGAUAAUACUGUUGUCAAAGUAACUGUAUUAAGUGAACCUCAAAUCAUGAUUACAAUUGUGCUCUCUCUGACGUUCGAGUCCGUGGGCAAGGAUCAUUUAGUAUUUGAUGUAAGUGAAACUGCACGGGGUAUGGUUUGGGAGCGUAUUCUUACCUACAUUUUAUUUUAUCAAUUAUAACAUACCGUUUACAGCAUCCAUUAUGCAGCUCCCAGCAAUUGUGAAGUUUAAGCAUUUAUUGAGCGAUAAGCUACAUUUGAAUUAUUUAAUGUUGUUCUUUAACAUCUGCCUGCUAUGUAAAGAAAGUAGCUUUCUCACAAUGGCUAAUUCAAUUCAAAAUAAAUUAAGUGCAAAUAUUCACGACGAGAUA